GGUAUGUGUUCGAAUUUUCUUCCACGUUUCAGUUAUUCUAGGUAGAAGAUGAAUACUGCAGGUGUGGCACCUGAUGGGCAACAUGGUCAAGAUCACCUGGGCCAAAAACGGGAUCCACACGACCUUGCGAGCAGACGACAGUACCGGUCACUCCAAGCCAGAGCCAGGAACAAGAUGCUGUCAGGAGUACCAGACAUGGACACGGAGGGGCUGAAUGUGAAGAACAGGAAGAUGAGGGUUUGUGUAGCGACGUGUAACCGUGCCGACUACUCGAAGCUGGCGCCGGUCAUGUUCGCCCUGAGAGACGACCCUGAUAUGGAGCUGCAGGUGGUGGUGAUGGGCAGCCAUCUGAUCGAUGAUUAUGGCUCCACCUAUCGAAUGAUCCAGCAGGAUGAGUUUGAAGUGGACGGAUACCUGCACACCAUCGUGAGGGGCGAGGACGAGGCAUCCAUGGCGGAAUCUGUCGGUCUGGCGCUCGUCAAACUCCCCGACGUGCUGGUCAGACUAAAACCCGACCUUCUCAUCGUUCACGGCGACCGUUUCGACGCCCUGUCGUUGGCCACGUGCGCCGCUCUCAUGAACGUUCGAAUACUCCACAUCGAGGGCGGCGAGGUGAGCGGGACCAUUGACGACUCCAUCCGUCACUCCAUCACCAAACUGUCGCACUACCACGCCUGCUGCACCGACCGCGCCCGCAGACGCCUCCUGUCCAUGUGCGAGGACAACGACCACAUCCUGCUGGCCGGCUGCCCGACCUACGACAAACUCUUGUCCUGCAAUGCCAAGAACUACGACAACGUGCUGUCCAAGUGGGUGGGGGAGGGAGUCAAACCAAAGGACUUCAUCGUCGCCCUACAACAUCCUGUCACAACUGACAUUAAGGGAUCCCUCAAAAUGUUUGACUUGAUGUUAGAUGCGCUGCUGGAAUUUAACGUCAAAACACUCGUCUUAUUCCCCAACAUUGAUGCAGGAAGCAAAGAGAUGACCCGUAUGAUCCGUCUUCGAGGGCUGGAGCACCAUCCGAACUUCAGCCUGGCCAAGCACAUUCCCUACGAUCAGUUCAUCAUCUUACUGGCCAACACUGGCUGUCUGAUCGGGAACAGCAGCGCGGGGAUUCGUGAGGCAGGAGCAUUCGGGACACCAGUCAUCAACCUGGGCAACAGGCAGAUAGGCAGGGAAGCAGGGGAGAAUGUGCUACAUGUGAGGGAUGCAGACACAAAGGGCAAGAUUUUACAUGCGGUCAACCUUCAGUACCAGAAACAGUUUCCAUGCUCCUACAUCUACGGAGAUGGCCAUGCCGUGCAGCGCAUCAUGAAGUUCAUCCAUAAGAUCAGGAACGACCUUGAAAAGCCCAUCCAGAAGUCCUUCAUCUUCCCUCCCAUGAAGGACACGGUGUCCCAGGACAUCGACCACAUCCUGGAGACCCAGAGUGCCCUGGCCGUGGACCUGGGGGGCACCAACCUCAGGGUGGCCAUCAUCAGUCAGCAGGGUGAGGUCCUACACAAGAUGUCGGAGCUGACCCCGCCCACGUACGAGCAGCGUAUGGACCUGCUGGUGCGUAUGCUGGUGGAGGCCACCUCCAAGGCUGUGGAACUCAGCUGUCGCAUCCUGGGCAUAGGUAUCAGUACAGGUGGAAGAGUCAAUCCUCAUGAAGGGAUGGUGCUGCACUCCACCAAGAUCCUGGAGGAAUGGAGCUCCAUCGACCUGCGCACCCCCAUAUCCAGCAAGUUGCACCUUCCAGUGUGGGUGGACAAUGAUGGAAACUGUGCUGCACUGGGAGAGAAGAAGUUUGGGAAGGGGAAGGGGUCUGAGGACUUCAUCACACUGAUUGUGGGCACUGGCAUUGGAGGAGGGAUUGUCCUGAACAAUGAGCUGGUCCACGGUGCUAACUUCUGUGCAGCAGAGUUGGGGCACAUCAGUGUGUCCAUGGACGGCCCAGACUGCAUGUGUGGCAGCUCUGGCUGUGUGGAGAGUUACGCCUCAGGAAUCGCUCUUCAACGGGAGGCCAAAAAACUGCAUGAUGCUGAUGAGCUUCUUGUUCCUGGUGUGCACCUGAGAGAAGGUGAGGAGGUGACAGGUAAACAUGUCAUCCAGGCGGCACAACUUGGCAACAAGAAGGCAGAGAAAGUUGUGGAGACAGCAUGUGAAGCUCUGGGGUUAGCUGUCUGCACUUUGCUGCACACAGUAAACCCCUCGCACAUCAUCCUGUGUGGGCACCUGGCGCCCCACUAUGUGGAUGGAGUCCGUGAGGUCAUACAGAGGAGGGCUCUCCCGUCAGCUGCCAACAGUAUACAGAUCAUGGUGUCGGACCUCGAGGAACCUGCGCUGCUCGGAGCAGCCAGCAUCGUGUUAGAGUACGCCACCAGAAGAAUAUAUUAGAUGUAUUACACUUCUCAUAGGAAAGAUAUUGGGACAAUGACCACUUCUUUGUAAGUUGCAGUGUAUAGUCUAAAAUGUGGCAGGACUUCUAGUACUUUAAAUGAUGUUCUUGUGCAUUGUGUCAAGAAAUACAAUGAAAAUGUAGUUAAUGUUGGGAUACUAAGUAUGUGUCAAAAGGGUUGCUACUUCUCAUACUAGUAUUCUUUGAAGGCACAUGUUGCCACUGCCUACACAUUUUAAGGCUAUUGUAAAUAUGUUUUCUCUGUUCCCUCUCAAAUAUACUUCUGAAUACAAAUCAAGAUAUCAAUAUAUAACAUAUAGAAAAUAUGCAACAGAACAACAAUGUUUACAGCAAUGGAAAAGAAUGGCAGUAAAGUGUUGAAAGGUAAUAUGUUGCUGAAAGGUAAUAUGUUUCCACAAGCCAUGUAUGGUUUAGGAUAACAUAAUGUGUGAUUUUGCUUUGGGAGUGUAUGUAUUUUAAUUGAAAUGUAAUCAUUACAUUUUAAUUUGAUAUUUGUUUAAAAUAUGAUUAUGGCAAUGAGAUUAAUGGAUUUGUUUUAAUAGCAAAGUGUACUUAUUGCUUUUAGGUAUUAUUUUAUCUGUGUAGUUAUCAAAUAUUUUAUUAGAGAUUUGCAGGAUUUCAUCGUGUAGUAGAAUGAGAUGGGCUUGAAAUGUCAAUCUUUUGUUUUUGCAGCAAGCCAGAGCAUGUUUCCUGUGACAUGUGACUUUUACAUGUAGAAUAUUUGUACACAGCCAAAUGUCAAUCAGGUGGACACGUUGUCGAACUUUUUUGUGUGAGAUUUUAGUCCCCUAAAACUGAAACAGAGCAGUUUGACCAAUGUGUUAAUUUGCAGCACUGUACUGUGGCAAAGAUUGUGCAAGAAGUGUACUUCCAUGGAGUCAACAAGUUAGCCUUUUGGGUACUUCAUGAAAGAUGUACAUGUGGACUAUUUGUACCUUUUCAAGUAGCCGGUUCAAGACAUUUAUUAGGAAAGCUAGAGAUGUAAAUUUCAGCCAGGAAGAUAUUCAGAUUUUGUCAAAAGGUUGACUUGUGCUUCAGCCACCAUUGUGCUGGUGCCCAUAGUGGGUGUAGCCCUGACCGGGCACCAAAGCCACAAAUUUAACCUGAUGGCCUGCCAGAUACAGCAGGAGUACCUCUCGGUGUUUUCAUGUGUAUGUCACUGCGUCUGUUUGUCACUGGACCCCAGCUUGAUUUUAACUCCAAGUUUUAAAAAUCCGGGGCCCAGCCGGGCCCAAAUAUCCGUAGCCACAGGUCUUCCCAAGGGGCCUUGUCAAAAAUGCCAAAAAACAACCCGUGAGCUGCCAGGCAGGACUAUAAGGCAGGGCACCCUUUCCCAAUUGUGACCAAAGCAUAAGGCCUGCUUGUUUCUCCAAGCUGCUUCAUGUAAAGUGCCAUUUGGCUACCCCAUGAGCUAGCACAUUGCUGGUCUAAAAAUGUAGUACCAGUCCAUGUAUAUUAUUUUAUAUAUAUAUUUUUUUGUUCACUGCCAACCCUCGGACCACUUAAUGUUGUUUAGAACCUUAGAUUUGAAGGGGGUGGAUUACCUCAGUUCUUUCAUUUUGGGGCAUAUGCCUCCUUAUAGAUGGAACAUGUUUGAUAGAUUUGUUUAAGCAAGGACAUUACAUAAGAUGACUGUGGUUUCAAUUUUUGUGAAUCAUAGAAUUGUUUGUAAAAUGUUAUGAUUGCCACCCCAUUACAAUUUUAAAGACUUAGCUACUUGGUCAUUUUAAUGUUUACCAAAGUGUAUUUCAGCCCCCAACUGCCCUGUUUUAGACCAUUUUGAUAUGGUUUAGAAACUGCCAGAAGUAUUCUAGCUGAUACAGUCUACAUUGAUUGUUAGCUUUUCUCCUGUGUUUUGCAUUUAGGCACAGUUGCCCAGAAUAAGGCUUUUUUAUGCUUAUUUCUUUGCUGCUGUAACUUCUAAUUAUUUUGAACAAAGUCAGGUUGUAAUUCGCAACACUAGAAUUGGACUUACCCAAAUUUUCUACUGAUCAACUCCAGUCUUUGUCAAGGAAUGGACAAACCAUUGGGUCCCUAAACAGGCGGAGGCCACCAUAGACUUUCUGCAACUUAUGAUCCACUGCUCACCGAGUCACGUGGCUAUCUACAUAACAUCAUGUCACAGAAGCCUUUCCAUUCCUUGACAAAGACUGGAGUUGAUCAGAUGAAAAUUUUGUCCAGUUCUAGUGUUGAAAUUUACAGUUUAACUUUGUUCAGAAUGACUUCCACCAACACAGAUGGUACUCUUCAAGUACUUAUAAUUAUUAUUAUUCUAGCACAGAUAAGAAAAGAAUUCCUUACUAGGGAAGUUAGAGUGAGGAAAAGUGUAUUUCCCGUGCACAGAGGUUACAGAUUCUUGCAGAUGCUCAAUAUUUCAGAAUACACAGGCAAUAGCUAAUAUUGCUGCUUGUUUGGAA